GGUUGUGAAUAUGUGUGUACUAAAAUAUUAGUUAUAUAGUAACUGUUGUAUAUAUUCACUAAUGCUACGUCAAGUAAACAUUGUGUUAGUCAUGUUACGCCCCUGGAGGAGGUUCCCUUUGCCGUUUUGCCUCUGGUUCAUAUACAUACAUUGUCUCAGGAAUUCUGUCAAUAUUUACUUGGGAGGAUUUUUAUGCACACGUCUAUGCCAAAGCAGACGAUGAAGCAGGACAAAGAGACCUUCAAUCUGGAGAGGGGAGUGGGACUUAUAGGAGCCAUUUCUUUCAUUGCGGGAACUAUGAUAGGAUCUGGGAUCUUCAUAAGUCCCCAGUAUGUGCUGUUGUCCAUAGGCAGCCCCGGGGCUGCCCUGGUAAUCUGGGCUUGCUGUGGUCUAAUAGCCAUGCUGGGGGGCCUUUGCUAUGCUGAACUGGGCACAGUGAUCACAGAGUCUGGAGGGGAGUACAUCUACAUGCUGCGGACUUUUGGAAAACUAGUGGCCUUCAUGUUUGUCUUCAGCUUCGUUGCGGUCAUGAGGCCGGCCAGUGCCACGGGACUUGCCCUCAGCGUUUCUGAGUAUGUGGUGGCUCCGUUUUAUGGCUGCUCUCCUCCAGAAAUUGUGGUAAAAGCCGUGGCUGCGGCAGUCAUUUUGCUGCUCUCCGUGGUGAACUGCAUGAGUGUGCGGCUGGCCACUGGCGUCCAGGUGGUGUCCAUGGUCGUCAAACUGAUGGGAUUAGCAGUGAUCAUCAUCGGAGGCGCUGUCAUGCUUUUCAAGGGCAACACGCAGAACUUUGAUAACUUCUUUGAAGGGACUAAUGUCGGAGCCAGUGCCAUUGGACUUUCUUUCUAUCAGGGCCUGUGGUCCUAUGAUGGCUGGAAUACUUUGAAUUUUUUAACUGAGGAGCUAAAACGUCCAGAAGUCAAUCUUCCUCGGGCUGUUAUCAUUGCUAUUUCUCUGGUGACUGGCUUGUAUCUGCUGGUGAACGUCAGCUACCUGACAGUCAUGACACCAAAGGAGCUCGUUUCCUCCAGUGCAGUAGCAGUCACAUGGGGAAAUAAGGUGCUGGGCAGCUGGGGUUGGAUCAUGUCUGUGGCUGCAGCAUUGUCCGCUUUUGGUUCACUGAACGGGACCUUCUUUAGUGGAGGCCGCGUUUGCUUUGUCGCCGCCAGGGAAGGACACAUGCCAGAUAUUCUAGCCAUGGCUCACAUUCACAGACUGACCCCAUCUCCAGCACUGAUCUUCACCACCAUUGUUUCUCUGGUGGUACUGAUACCCGGUGACUUUCAGACUAUCGUCAACUUUUUCAGUUUUACAGCCUGGAUUUUCUAUGGCAUCACCCUCGCUGGACUCCUCUACCUCAAGAUCAAGAAGCCAGAACUCCCUAGGCCAUACAAGGUUCCCAUUAUACUCCCGAUCCUGGUCCUCAUAGCAGCAGUAUUUCUUGUGCUGGCUCCCAUCGUAGAUAAUCCCCAGAUUGAAUACCUUUACGUGACUUUAUUCAUCUUGAGUGGAAUCCUUAUCUACAUCCCUUUCAUAUAUUACAAGCUAUGCCCCAACCUGUUGACAAAGUUGACAGUAUUCCUUCAGCUGUUUUUAGAAGUCUGCCCAGUUGACAAAAAUGUAUGAUUUCCAAGAGUUACUUCAACAGUUGUUUACAUUGAACUCAGACUUCAUCAGACUGUGGUAUGUCAGUAUUGACCAUUUCUUUCUUUGUAACACUGGCAGUAUGGUAUAAUAAAUCAGACACAGUUGACUCCGUGUUGUCAGGAUGUUCAGUUUGGAUAUAAAUGUAUACAUGUUACUGUAAUACAAACUCUGUAUCUGUAACCCUGAUGUAAAACGUAAUUCUCAGAAACUCUGUGAAGCUGCUACAAUUCAAUACCAUUGCAUUGUGGAAUUGGGCAGGGUUGCAUCUGUUAUUUCAUGACCUGCUGUAAUGAAGGAUCUGAAGGCUCUGCAAUAUCACCAUGGAAUUUGCCAAUCAUAUGCAGUUUCCUCAGAAAUGUGUUGUCAUAUACAAUUUGCUAUAGUUAGACUUCUCAUUUAUUAGUGUUUCCUUUCUUUUUCCAUCUUUUCUUGCAUCUUGCUGCCUCAUAUUACAUCCUUCUCUGUAUGGUAUACCUGGUUUUAGGCUUUAUGUCAGGACUGGAUCUAGCUCUUUGCCUCAACACUGCACAGAAUGAAUCAGUAGAUGGUGAAUAAAUAAAUAAAUCCAAAAAAUGUUUUUAAUUUUUUUUUUUAUUUAAAUGAUUGAAAUUAUUUGUUUCUCGUUAGUUUCCCUAAUGCCAUUGAUUUAUUUGACAUCCUUGAUUUUAAAUGUUUUCCAGAUUUCCCAGAUAUUUCUAACCGUUCUCAAACAGAAAUAAAUUCUACACAAAGUCUUAAAAUACUUCAUCAGCUUAAUUGUAUAUAAUAGCUUUGAAGAACUAAAAAAACAUGAGAUGCUGGCCAAAGUAUACAGUCAGAGUCAGUGCUUUUAGGGUAGUGUAGUAUCAGGGGACAAAAACAACCAGACCUACAGUAUAUACCAGUAUUUCCCAAACAUAUGGCAUGUUUUACAUUACAAAAAU